AUGGCGUGGGAAGACGACGAUUUCACACAGGCUGUCCUGAAGGAUGAGGACAAGUAUGAAGGGAAAGACCUUGAUGCUAACGUCGCUGCGGUCCUUCCAGAAGGCGCAGAGAUAGAAUGGGUCUGCACACAUGGGGCUACACAUUGGUCCGUGUCGACUAAAAUCGAUACGAUAGUCGAUGGGAAUCCAACUUCCUUCUUCCUGAAGGAAUAUCGAGACGCGAAUGCAAAAGGCAUGGUCAGAGCUGAGUAUGAGUCCACGGUCGCUUUGUACGAAAUGGCUCCUCAAAACGUGCCGCGUCCGUUGGGCUACGGGUCGUUCGCUUCAGAUCCAGAGAGAUUCUUCUAUAUUCAAGCAUUCUGCGACAUGAACGACGAGCUGCCUGACGUCGAUGAAUUUGUCGCUGUAUUAGCGAAGAUACACCAGAAAAAGUCGCCAACUGGAAAGUUCGGAUUCCACGUUACCACGUACCAAGGGAACACUCCCAACCACAACGAAUGGUGUGACACCUGGGAAGAAUACUUCACUCGCAGUCUGACUUCCAUAAUCAAUUUGGAGCGAGAGAUCCAAGGCGCAGACCCAGAAAUGGAUGCGCUAUCCUCAGAUACUCUGAAGAAAGUAGUCCCUCGACUCCUUCGGCCGCUUGAGACCGGAGGCAACAAGAUCGAACCAGUAUUGCUGCACGCUGACUUGUGGCACGGUAAUGUCGGCAUAGACAACGAAACGGAUGAGCCGAUUCUGUACGACGCUGGAAGCUUCUAUGGGCACAAUGAAUACGAAGCAAACCCGUGGCGUGCGACACGCUACCAGUUCAAUCGGACUCAUUUGCGCGCAUACCAUAAGCUUGUACCUGUCUCAAAGCCAGCGGAAGACCACGACGAUAGAAACGCCCUCUACGCGCUGUAA